AUGGCUGUCAAGAUUAACAACAUCUCAGUACACAAGAUCCAACCACCGAAAGGGUCCAAGAUUGACUUCGGUGCUGAGAUCAGGGGAGCAGACCUGGAGAAUCUUUCAGAGGAAGAUUUCAAAAUCAUUAGAAAUGCUUUGUACGAAAAUAGUGUAGUUCUGUUCAAGAACCAACAGUCACUCUCUCCAAAGGCUCAGUUCGAGCUCACACAAAAGUUCGACCCAUCUGCUGGCUCAUAUGGACAUGGAAAGACGAUCGACGCCAAAAGAAGUGUACUUCACCCUGACCUCAAGACAAUCCCUCACCAACCUCAAGUCCAAGUGAUUGGAAACGGCCCAGUUGCUGAGUUUGAGGGACUCAAGGACAUUACACUCAAGCACCCUCACCACAAGACCUUCCACAAGACACCAAUCAGCGAGGCUGACGACCGAGAUGCAACACGAUUCUACCGCUGGCACAUCGAUGCCGCAUUGUAUGAUCUGUCUCCGCCUAAAGUUACCAGUCUCAUGGCUGUCAAGGUUCCCAAGACCGAAACUCAGACCUUGAGAUAUGACGACGGAAGCAACGAUGAGAUGAAAGUGCCUCGCGGAAGCACUGCAUUUGUGAGCUCAUACCGCAUGUACGAUCUCCUCUCCGAAGCCGACAAGGAGUUUGCUAGAACCACAAAGGUUCAAUACGCAGCACACCCCUACAUCUGGAUGUCGCCCGCAAGAUCAAGGAGUGACGGUCUUGGGCUGGUCUCAGACGGACUCGAACUUCCUCGAGAAGAACUGCCACCUAUCGACGAGUCAAAGAUCAAGAUCUUGCCCAUGUGCUGGCGCAAUCCAGUGACCGGACGUCUUGCUCUGCAAGUCCAUCCUUCUGCGGUAGAGAAGCUUCACCUUGCCGAUGGUACCGUCAUCAGUGAUCUGAAGGAAGUUCGAGACAUUGUUCACAGGCUUCAAAGACCUGGAAUUGCUCCCGAACUAGUGUAUGCAGUCAAUUGGGACGAGGGAGAUCUUGCGCUGUUCAACAACGAAGGUGUGAUUCACUCGGUCACAGGCUCCUUCCUGCCUGAGGAGGUUCGCAUCUUCAGACAGUGCAACUUGGCGGCUUCUCAAGACCCCCUUGGCCCGGCGUGA